AACGGUCUUUAUUAGUGCCUCGUCGGUGCCACGGUGAACCAUGCCGCCAACCAUCCGCCAACCCUCAAACUGUCAGACUCUUCAUGAUACUUGGCAGUAAUUUGGGCAGGCUGUGACUAAUAGCGGCCGCAGUUAUGAAACGCAAGAUGGAAUCAACAGCGAGCAAGUCGACUAGUGCCAAGAAACAUUGGUCCGCUGGUCUGCUCACGUCGAUGGAGGAUCCCGAGAGCAAGGUCGCGGAAGACGAUAAAACGGUCGUCAUUAAAGAUAAGUAUCCUAAGGCACAAUUUCACUAUUUGGUCUUACCGAAGGAGGAUAUCCAUUCUAUAUGGCACGUCAAGAGGAAGCAUUACGAUUUGCUGAUGCACAUGCACGAUAUUGCUCAAGGUCUCACGGAAAAACACGCGGAGCACGAGUUCAUCAUCGGCUAUCACGCGAUGCCAAGUAUGCAAAGGCUUCACCUGCACGUGAUAAGCACGGACUUUGUCAGUCCUUGCUUGAAAACAAAGCACCACUGGAACUCGUUCACGACACCGUUCUUCUUACCUUCCUCAGACACAUGCCGUCAAUUGCGCGAGACAGGUGAGAUCCGAAGAAUUCCCGUCGAGGAAAGCAAAGACCACCUGGUCACGGAGCUCAAGUGUCACAGGUGUGCGACGCGGCUGAAAAACAUGCCACUGCUGAAGAAGCAUUUGUUAACGCACGUCAACAUGUAGCCGCCGCAGCACUCGUGUCGUACAGUAUUGACAAACUAUUCGUGAGAAAUAAAAUUAUCGUUUUGUAAACGCGCGAGACUCCUUGAAAAAGAUCCUUUGUAAUCCUCGAGGAAAAAGCGAACGCGCAACGAGUCCAAAGAUCGAAAAAUUCGGAGCAGCGAAACCAAGCGCAUAAAUAGAGGACGAGAUACAUGUGUGAAUUAUCUCCUCCGAGAGUCUUCCUCCGAAUGUCUUUCUGCCAUGGCAGACGACGUAAAUGUUGCUCGAGGGAAUCAAUCGGUACAGGUAAGAGUGGCAGAAUAAAUCGAGAAAUGCAAGUUUAUGUGAUAUUUCGGAAAAUUUACUAUAAAUAAAUUUGAUGUUUAUCAUUAAUAGAUCUUGGCGCCUAUAAUAUCAAUUACAUUCUAACUAUUUACAAAGUCUUCUCAUCAGUUGCGUAUGUUGCGUAUUUAUAUCUA